GACCGGACUUUGGUGGACCAACUGAAAGCUGGUCGCAGAAAUUCGGCAAAACAGAACGUGACGAAGAACAGAAGCAUGGAGGUCAUCAACAACAACAUCAAACUCACAACAAUAACAUUAACAAUAAUCACGUGAUGAGGCUGAAUAGUAGAAAUGGCGGUCGAGUUCCUUACCAAGGCUGGCGAGGAAAUCGAGCUGACUCAGAUCAGCCCUUUAGACUCGAAAGACUCCAACCUGGCACAUAUUCAUCAUUUCGCUAAGGAAGUGCGGAGUGCUCAGGUGCAGAGCGAGGCUCACGUGACGGCCUUCACCGCAGGUUCGUCUUCCAGGCCUGCAAGCCGAACCUCGUCUGCGGCCUCCCGACCCAUGACAUCGUCCAAGACCAGGUCGCGGAGUCUAGAACGUGCCGGGACUUCGCGCCGGAAGUCGUAUGGGUGGCCGCAGCGUGGAGCGCCCCGGAAGUCGACUGGGCGCGAGGUCACGGCACUCUACGAUGGGGAUGUCUGCGGGGAAGAGUACGACGACGAUGACGACAUUGACCUGACGAGCUUGCGUGACCUGAUGGGCACGGUACGGGAGGCAGCGCGUGAGAUCCGCGAAAUCGUAGAACCCAUGAAGAACGCUCGUGACGAACACGUCUUGACGAGACGGCGAGGGGGCAGCGACAAGGAGAAGAAGCGGAGGCACCGCAAGGGUCACCGCGGAGACCCAGAAGAACGUCGUGGGGCAGGCCAGCGCCACCAGGUCCAGGCGGAAGUUCACGUCAUCUCCGAAAUCAGCGGCCGAGUCAUUCCUCCCUUACCUCCUCCCUCUCCGCUUCCUUCCUUCGGCACCGCAACUCGACUUGGAUUCUCCCCCUCCAACCCCACCUGCCCCUUUCAUCAUCCCCCACCUUCUGCAUUUCUGCACGUGGAGAACGAGGAGCUUUCGCAGACGUGGCCUCGCAGGGGGCGCAGCAAGUCUAGGGAUCGACUGUUGUCCGGAGAAGAACUCCACCCCUUCGCGAGAAGCGUGGGCAACACCCCUGUCACCAUUCCCAAACAGAAUUACAUGUCCGAGGUGCGCAAGUCUCCCCCUCCCAUGAUUCCUCCUGCUGCGGCGCGUGCCGAGCGCCAGAUCCUGGAAAGGUGUACGGGCGCCUGUCACAGGCCGGAGGCGUGGACCCUCUGGUGGCCGCCAUCAACUCCAGUGUCGGCGUGCCCAAGGGCGUCUCAUCGUCGAGUCUCGGGUGCGCAUGGUAGGUCGUGCUCGCGAGCACUGGAACACUACUCAACCGUCACAGCAAUGUCUGCCCCACAUCACCGUCUCCACUCACGCCACCGAGCAGUCUGACGACGACAGCAUUGUCUCUCCCAACAUAUCCAGCGAGGAUGGUCCAACUCGCUGCCGGCAGAGUCCAGCGACGGUGUGGUCACCACGUCCAGGCAGUUCCACCAGCAGCACCAUGGCAGGAUCGGAUGGCAACUACCCAGCCACUUCUCUUCCGGAGACUCGGGUGCCGAAACCUGCAACUGCGAUGUCGAAAGAAAAUCUCGGAGGUCAGAAGCAGACGACAAGCCCCUACCCUACUUCCGAUGAUGGAGGCGGUCUCAUGAAAUCACUACACUCGUCCAGAGAAGCGGAGGCAGCAACAGGCUCUCGAAUUCCCACCCGGAACAGACAGGUUAAGAAGACACCCGUUUCCAAGUGAUGAG